CAAUAUUACACACUGUUGAUUGUUGAACGCAUUGAACAAUCAACAACUAUGCAACUACAUAAUUAUGCUUAUAUUUUCAAUAAAUUAUGAUCAAUUAUUAGUUUGUGUGAUCGUGUCAUAUUUUUACUUCUUUUUUACUAUCUUUCAACAUCGCGAUAGUUUUGGUAGUAAAUUAUUUUGUUUUGCAGAUUUAAAACCUCAAAACAGUUAUGAGUUCCGAACUGGAAAAAGUAACAGAAGACAUUGAUAUAGCAGUUGAUCUACUUAAUUUACUGAAAUCUAGAUAUUUUUUCUUGCGUGCUAAAUAUGAUAUUGACAUUAACUCUCAAACGGCAUAUGCGUCUAAAGAUAUUCAAUCAGAAUAUCAGUAUGCAUCUAAUGAUCUUCAAUCUUUUAUCAUGCUGGAACUUCACCUUUUAGAAUAUGCAUGUACUUAUGGUAUUUAUUCUAUGAAUAUGUAUGCAACUCGUCUAAAAACCAAUUUAAAUUACAGUGACAAAGACCAUUAUUUUUUAAAACUUCUUAAAGAUCAUUUACGGACCUUAAUCGAAACUAAUAAAGAAAUUAAAAAUCUUUCUGUUAAUCCUUAUGAUAGCUUUACUUCAUACAUAAAUUCAUUCAAGGUAUAUGCAAAUGUUUUGAAUAGUGUUGAUGUAUCAAACAUCACUCUAUUGAAUGAAACUGAUACCAAUAAGAGAAAGAAUAAACUGAUGAAGAAAAUUUCAAAAAUCAAUCUUAUGGCAAAUAUUAUUACGCUAUUUGUAUCUGACAAUUUUACAGACUAUAAAACUGAAGAUGGACGGGCUGCCUUGAAUAUUUGUUUAAAGUAUAGAACUACUAGAAACAUAGAAUAUUAUACAAAAAAAUGUAAUUCAGACUAAUAAGAACAUUUUAAUAAUUUUAGUUUAUAUAUAAUAUAAAGAUUAUUUUUAUGUGUUAGGUACAAAUUCAUAAAAACAACCAAAUGUAUUAUUUUAUAAUUUUUUUUUUACAUAAUAUCUAUUUUAUUUAAUUGAAGUUAGUGAUAUUUUUAAAAUUUAAUAACAUACUCAAUAUUAUCAAUAACUUCUAGCUCCUAAUUAUUUUUAUUUUAAUAUAAACUGUACAAUUACUUGCUAUUAUUAUUUAUUUUAUGUUUAUUGAUUUAUCGCGUACAAAAAUAGUAUUUUUUUUAUUUCAAAUUAAAUUUUUGUUAAUUUUAAAAUUGUAUGUGGUCCAUAAUAUAGUAAUUUUAUGUUUUCUAAUUAGUUUAUACCUUUGUUAAUUAUAAAUUAUAAAAUGUCUGAUUUGAUGUAAUUUGAUGAUAUUCAGUCAUGUGUAAUUUUACACAAUAUUAUACAAUAAAUCAUUAAUAUGCAGUCUUGAUG